GGCAAAGCCUCCUCAUCACGGUCACCAGAACCUCCAGCCGAACGAACAGAGAAGCUCGAGCAGCCGCCGCCGAUGGAUCCGAAGCUGGUAGAGGUGACGCAGCUGUUCGCCCGAUUCAAGGCGGCCUACGCCCGGAACGACCUCGACGUCUGCGCCAACCUCCUCUCGCAGCUCAAGGUCCUCCUCACCAAGUUCCCCAGCCUUCCGCCGUCGUUUCAGCAGACGCCCAACGCCGUCGAGGAGCUCACGACCGCGAGGGACAUUUAUGAGCAUGCGGUUGUUCUGAGCGUGAAGAUGGAAGACCAAGAUGCAUUUGAACGGGACUUCUGCCAGCUUAAACCAUAUUACAUGGACACAUGUGGCAUAAUUCCCUCAUCACCAGAGGAAUACCCAAUUUUGGGUCUUAAUCUUCUGAGGCUACUGGUCCAGAAUAGAAUUGCAGAGUUCCACACUGAGCUGGAGCUUCUGCCAGCCAAAGCACUAGAUAAUCUUUGCAUCAAGCAUGCAGUUGAGCUUGAGCAGUCCUUCAUGGAAGGCGCCUACAACCGAGUGUUGACUGCUCGGCAGGCAGUCCCACAUGAAACCUAUGUGUAUUUCAUGGACCUUCUCGCAAAAACAGUUAGAGAUGAAAUUGCUGGAUGCAGCGAGAAGGGGUAUGAUUACCUGUCAAUAAGCGAUGCGAAACAAAUGUUUAUGUUCAGUUCUGACCAAGAACUGCAACAGUACAUCGCAGAGGAGCACCCCGAGUGGGAUGUCAAGAACGGCUCGGUCUUCUUCCAAAAGGUGAAGGAGUCCCAGCCCUGCAAGGAGAUACCGGCAGCGCCGGUCAUCACCCAGACCCUCGGCUACGCGAGGGAAUUGGAAAGGAUUGUGUGAUUUACUUUUGUUUUCCGAUCGGUCAUGUGCCCUGUACUAUCAAUACGUUUGCCAUAGCUUCUGGUCGCAGCUUUGGACUGUCGAUUCCUAUGAUGAAGAGCUGGAUUAUUGGGUUGUAUUUCCUUAAAAUCAUUUAUUUGCUCUGACUGUUUCUGAAUGUUGCUGCUCUGCCUUACGCACAACAGUUAACUGUCGAGUCAAAAUGGCAAAAGUAAUGUUCAAAUCA